AUGUGCCUGCUCCGCACCACCAAACUCGAACUUGUAGAGUUUCUUGGUGAUGAUGUCCCGCCGUAUGCUAUCCUCUCCCACACGUGGGGCAUCGAGGAAGUGCCUGUUCAAAACUGGAUCGACACCUGCUGCAUCGACAAGUCCAGCUCGGCCGAGCUUGGCGAGGCAAUAAACUCCAUGACAGACGAAGAUCCGUAUGCUCCAAACAGCAGCUUCCGGCGAGUGCGCUGGUUCACUCGCGGAUGGAUGCUGCAGGAGCUUCUCGCGUUGCCUGUUCUGUACUUUUACGGUACCAACUGGGUUGAAGUCGGCACGAGAGCCGACAUGGUCGACCUGAUCGUGUCCAUCACUAACAUUAACCGCCGAUAUCUUGACUCUGGUAAUCAUACUGAGUUCUCAGCAGCCAAGAAGAUGUUGUGGGCGGCCAGACGACGAACGACUCGAGUUGACGACAUGGCCUACUGCCUGCUUAGCCUGUUUAACAUUCACAUGCCAUUGCCGGACGGCGAGGGUAUGAAGGCGUUCCACAAACUCCAGGAAGAUAUACUUAGGCAAACCGAGGACGAAUCACUCUUCGCACGUAGUCGCAAGUAUGAUGUAUUGGCCCAUUAUCGCCUGUAUUUUGCCAACUGCUGCGACAUCGAGUGCGGUGACGCACUACCCGACGAACUCAGUCGCUCUCUCUUCUGA